UUUAAAUUCCUCUACGUAUUUUUUUUUUCUUAUCAAUUCUCUCUUGCGGUGAAGGAAGAAAAAUUUUAAUAAUUAUUUUCCAAAAUCGGUUUUUUUUUUUUUUGUGAAAAUUAAAAAAUAUUUUCUUUGUGGAAUGUGGAAUGUGGUAUUAUUAUUAUUGAAAAAGGGGAAAAAGUGUGAAAAUUCCUGUUUAAGUGAUAAGACAAUGAAACAUGGUGAUUGUGUAUAGUGCUCGUGAAAACGUAACACGCCCUUGACGAUAGAAAAUGCUAUGCACUGCCUCAAGCAUAAACGGCUUUCAAUCUCGGUCGCGAGAUAAUGAACGAUCGUGAGGACACGUUCGCGCGAACAGUGAGGCCUGACGAGAGAAUUCGGCCACUGAUGUUUCGAAGGACCUUGGAUCCGGAUCUUCAACCUUCAAAUACCACGCCACAUUUUGUCGAUCCAAGGAUACAGAGAAAAUUGCCUACCAAGAAUAAUACAUUUGAGAAGCUUAAACAGUGGGAAUUGGUCAAAGGUGAAAAGGGAUUACGUGUUGUUGAAAAAAAAUCGGAAAAAAAUUUAUUGUCAAGAUCGACAAGUGCCAGUGAGCCAAGAACAUCAAAUAAUUAUAAUCAAUCGCCAUUGAUGCAACGAUCACAAAAUAAUAAUCAUUGGAUAGAGGCAAUGACGAGGCGUGACAAUCAUCAUCAUCAUCAUCAUCAUAAUAUUGGUGAAAGAAAAAUGUAUUUUCCAAUGAGAAAUGAAACGUCGAUGAAAAAUUCAGGACCAAUUUCACUUCCAGUUUCAAGUGGUCCAGUGAGACUUGAUAUGGUUUUGAAACAAUCGGAAAAUCGUAAUAAUGACAGUAAUGAUACACUUCAACAAUUGGAACAACAGGUUCGAUCAAUUGAAGUGAAUACAAUUAGUGCAAAAAAAAAUCAGUGUCUGGAGCAAUCGUUACAAAAUCCAUAUCAACGAUACGCUGAACAUGAGGAUUUGUUGAUUAACGUCGACGAUGAGCCUGAGGGGGUUUCCACAUUGCGACGUGGCGAGGCAACGAGAAAUUCAACUGGUGGUAAUGUCAGACACCAAGGGAAAAGACAAGUAGCAAAAUUGUCAAGAACUGCCUCGGACGCGAGACGUGGACCGGAAACGGAAAUUCCGACGAGAAUGCAGCCAAGGAAGCAGCACGCUCUUUUACCCGUGAGACCGUUCAUCACCAGAAAACAUCAUCGCGAGGAACAACAAUCUUCAUCAUCAAUGAGACCAUUGACGGAUCUUAUGUCGAAAACGCAAGGCGAUAAGGAGACAAGUGAUGGCGUGGGGGUGUCAAGUAGUGGAGGCAUUCGAGUCUCAUCGAGAGGGCGAACCGUUGAAGAGCCGCAAAUCGGCAAGUACAAAUUAUUGAAGACCAUCGGCAAAGGUAACUUUGCCAAGGUGAAGCUUGCCAAACAUGUACCUACGGGGAAGGAAGUAGCUAUCAAAAUAAUUGACAAGACUCAACUCAAUCCUGGAAGUCUUCAGAAGUUAUUCCGUGAAGUAAGGAUAAUGAAAAUGCUUGACCAUCCAAACAUAGUGAAGCUGUUCCAAGUGAUUGAGACUGAGAAAACAUUGUACCUGGUGAUGGAGUAUGCGAGUGGUGGUGAAGUGUUCGAUUAUUUAGUUCUUCAUGGUAGAAUGAAAGAAAAAGAAGCGAGGGCGAAAUUUAGGCAAAUAGUAUCAGCCGUUCAAUACUGUCAUCAAAAGAAAAUAAUUCAUAGAGAUUUAAAAGCAGAAAACUUAUUGUUGGAUAGUGAAAUGAACAUAAAGAUAGCUGACUUUGGAUUUAGUAACGAAUUCACUCCUGGAAAUAAAUUAGAUACAUUUUGUGGUUCUCCACCAUAUGCGGCGCCAGAAUUGUUUCAAGGCAAGAAAUAUGACGGUCCAGAAGUAGAUGUUUGGUCAUUAGGAGUAAUUCUCUAUACUUUGGUGUCAGGCUCCCUACCGUUUGAUGGCUCAACGCUGAGAGAAUUAAGGGAAAGAGUACUAAGAGGAAAGUACCGUAUCCCAUUUUAUAUGUCCACUGACUGUGAAAAUUUACUGAAAAAGUUUCUGGUGCUCAACCCGACGAAACGGGCCUCGUUAGAGGUACGUGGUGACAAGAAUAUUAUGAAAGACAAAUGGAUGAAUACGGGAUACGAAGACGAUGAAUUAAAACCGUAUUUAGAGCCAGAACCCGAUUAUAAAGACCACAAGAGGAUAGGUGAGUCUGCCAAGGCGUUAGCAAUUAUGGGAUAUUCAAGGAGUGAAAUCGAGGAUUCAUUAGGACAAGCAAAAUACGACGAUGUCUUUGCCACUUAUCUUUUGCUCGGCAGAAAAAUGACUGAUCCUGAGAGCGAUGGUUCGCGGUCUGGUAGUUCGCUAUCUCUACGUAACAUUCCACCACAAGUUAGUUCAGGUGGAGGUGGCGGAAGUGGCGGAGGAACCGGGGGCGCAGUUCAGAGUCCGUCACAUCGAGGAGUUCAUCGUAGUAGUUCCGCAACUAAUCCCAAACCUAGUAGAAGAGCUUCUUCCGGUGGAGAAUCUCUUCGCAUAGCACCAAGCCCAGGUAACACAACGAAUCACAAUCAUGCCACGACCGUAACCGGUGGAACGGUAGUAGGAAGUGGCGGUAGCAAUUUUAAAAGGCAAAAUACAGUAGACGCAGCAACGAUCAAAGAAAACAGCGCUCGUGUCGCUGCAUCGAGACCCUCUGCUCCUAAAAACAAUCCUGGACAACUUGAUACCAUGUCAAUGUUUAUUCAAGGCGUUGGAACGAGUCCCGGUGGCAAGACGAGAGUUGGAAAGAGCAACACGAUGAACUCGGGGGUCGGAGGUAUUCGAACGUCAACAACAGCUGCUGUUGGAUCAAUUGGUCGACGCAGUACAAUUUCUUACGACCAAGCAAAAACUCCAUCAACCGAAAGAACCAACGAUGUACCCAGCUUGGGUGAAGGCACUAGGCCAACAAGGGGUCACACCAAAUCUGCAAGCAUCAGUGCAAGUCACCGUUCCUCGAGUGGGGUUCCCCCGGGUGAUCAUUCACUACUGGAUUCUCAACCACGGAACGCUCACAACUCCCUCCUGGGCAAUGCUGACCCCCUUAGGCAGAGCUUGGGAGUAUCUCCAAGUAAUAGAUUGGCAACACCCACACCUCCAGCAUUUCCAAGGAAUGUUCCAAGUCGUAGUACUUUCCAUUCUGGACAAAAUAGAGCCCAACGAAAUCAUCCUCAGGGCCACACUCAUACGCAAGACACAAAUGCGAUAAGCCCACUAGCAAGGCCGUCCUUUUUCUCCAAACUUUCUUCGAGGUUUUCUAAACGCCCCAUGGACCCAUCCGUUUCCCCAAAGCACCCAGUAGUGAGUGGAGCAACAACUAAUGAUGAUCAGGUGAAACCUCGUAGUUUACGAUUUACUUGGAGCAUGAAAACAACUAGUAGUCGAGAUCCAACUGAAAUCAUGUCUGAAAUUCGAAAGGUACUGGAUGCUAAUGAAUGUCAAUACGAACAAGCAGAACGAUUCCUCUUGCUUUGUGCACACGGUGAUCCAGCAACGGAUAGUCAGGUACAAUGGGAAAUAGAAGUUUGUAAACUGCCACGGCUCUCUUUGAAUGGCGUGCGAUUCAAACGUAUAUCAGGUACUUCUAUUGGGUUCAAAAACAUCGCAAGUAAAAUUGCAAACGAACUCAAGCUGUGACUGCCGGCCACAGGCGCUUUAGCCGCUCGCGCCAAUCCAUAACCCCCUCGCGUUUUGUGCCACCAAGUGGCAAAGUCUGAAGAAUUCUAUUCUUGUUUCUUCUGGGACUCUGACUCUGAAUCGGAAUCGGACACGCAAGAGAUAUUCGUUUAAACGCCCCCUGUUUCCCAGUUGAUGGAUUACAAAACAAAAAACAAAACAUCUUCGAAGGCACAGGAUUUAAAAAAAAAAAAAGCCAAGAUGUGAUCUUUAGGUGAAAGAAGAAAAAAAAAUCUGUGAUCCAUAAAUGGCUGAAAAUAAACAAAAAAAAAAAUAUAUAAAAAGAAAAUACUCUUGAGUGCCAAAAUGGUUCAGUCUGAAAAAGACGUGUGAGAAUCGUCUAUUGAAGCUGGAAUUAUAAUUUUUUUUUUUAAUUUCACCAAGAAAAUUUUUUUUUUUAUUCUUUUAUUAUCAGAGCUUAGUUUUGUUUCUUUUAUUUCUAAUUAGCAGUAUUAUCUGUUAUUUGGCAGAGUGUGAAUUAAAUUCUUUUUUUGAAAAAAAUCUUGGAGGGAAUUGUUAAAAAAAAAAUAUAUAUAUGUAGAAAAAAAACUAUUUAAUUUUACGUUUUUUUUUUUAGUCUUUUUUUUUAAUAAUAAAUACAUUUUUAAAGUUUUUAAAUAAGGGAGAAAGGUGAAAUUACUUUUUUUUUCGGAUCAAAUAGUGAAAAAGCUGCAUUUGCAAGAGACAACAAUUUUUGCGGAUAAAAAUUACGCGAAUUUUUUUUUUUUUUUUCCUCUCAAAAUAAUUUUUAAAUGAACACAAAAUAUAAUUCUGCAAAGUCAACAGCAUUAUAGACACUAGAAGUUUAAUUAAUUAAAAAGCUUAUAAAUGAGCUAUUAUUGUAUUAUUGGUAUUAAUUGCUAUGAGAAUAAACGGGCGACGUAUCGUUAUAUCGAAGUUAUUAGGUGAAGUUUAAAAAUAAAUUUAAAGUGACUGUCCUCCCCCCACCCCCCCAAAAAAACGUAAUGUGAAUAAAUUAUAUCCUUAAGUACUUUCGACAGUUUCGUAUAAUAAUAAAUAAUAUUUAAGAUCUGCUAUUUCCAUUGAAGACAUAAUAUUAUUAAAUUAGGUAUUAUUAAAAAAAAGAAAAAAAAAUUGGCCGCAUUAUAUUUCUUAUUCACUUUUUUAGCGAUCGAUGUACGUGUGUGUGUGAGGAAAGACGACGAUGUAAAUACAAAUAUUAAAAUUUGAAAAAGGUACUAAGGUUCUAAAAAAAAAAAUGGACAACACACGUACAUCAAGAAAAAAAUUUUUUAUAUUCGCCUAAAGGGGUUUUAUCGAUUAAAGAAUCGCUAGGCAAUGACUAAUAAUUUAUUUACAAUUUACGAACGAGUUGAGUUAUUUUUAUACUUCCAGUGCGACGAAUUUCCGCGAUUACUUAGAAAAAAAAAGAAAAUAUGAAAUACACAAAAAAAAAUGCUGCGAAUCGAUAAAUGACUGAUAACAAAUAAAUAUCGAAUCCAGCAAAAAAAAUAUCGUCAUUUGAUCGGAAUAUAUUCAUGCGAUUUAUUUUUAUUGUUUUUUUUUUUCUCUGCACAAUAAGUGUACACAUCAGGCAUCGGGACUUACUCUCAAUUUAUUUCUUAAAGUAUACAUAUAUAUAUGUAAAUAUUUUAUAUAUGUAUACAAAAGCCCUCUGCCUGUAAAUUUUUUUUUUCUCCUUUUUUCGAGGAAACUGAGAGUAGUUUAUAUUUAUUUCUUAAACAAAACAAAAAAAAAAAACAAAAUAAUCGAUAAUAAAAAUCUGAAAAAAAUGAAUUUUGUAUAAAUAAAAAUAAAAUCAAUGGAUUUUUAAAAGACAAUCUUCAUUUUGGGAUUAUUAUUUUUGAUUAUUGUUUGGAUAUACAAUGGUGUGAAACUAUGUUAUUUUUUAUAUAAUAUAUAUAUAGUUUUUCGCCAGUUCGAUUUAUACUCUGAUCUAAGAUGACAAUGUAAAAUAAAGAUUCAAUAUUAGUAUCGUAUUUAAAGAAAGAAAAAAAAAAAAAAAAAAAAAAAAAAAAGAAGUUCUGUGAGUGCAAACUGCAUCCGCGACUAGAAUUGUUAUUACAUUAAAGAAUUAAAAAUAAAUUCAGAGUCCUCUUAUAUUUAAUUUACUACUGUUAGGAAAUUAAAAUGAAAAAAAAAAUAAUAAUGUAUCACUCCGAUGCAGUUAAUAUAGUAUAAUAGUGAUAAUAGUAAUGUUAAUGGUAAAAAAAAAGGAAACAAUCCCUAACACGUAGGUAAAUAAUGAUGUACUGUAUACUAUACAUACACCCACCCUCAGCUCGCUUGCUUUAACAAAAAAAAAAAAAAAAAAAAAUUGAAUGUAUAAAUCAAUUAAUAUUUAACAGAAAAUAAAAAACCAAUUAUCGGUUUUUUGAGAUGAAGGUCAAUAUUUUCAAAAAAAAAAAAAAAAUAAUAAUAAUCGACGAUCGAUUCAAAUAUUAAUAUAGACAACACAUUAUUCGAAUUGAUGUUUAAUUUUAAUCAUUUCGAAGGGAAUGUUGUCGAAAUUGUCGUAAAAAUAAAAUAAAAACAAAAAAAAAAAAAAAGAAAUAAAAAAUGAGACUCGCGCGUGUAAUUCACAUCUGUAGAUAGGUACAUAAAGCUUUGCUAAGUGUUUUAUGGUGAUUUGUUUUAUGGUAUGUAGCGAAAAUCAUUUUUAAUAAAAAUGGUAACACAUA